UCCUUUACCGUAGUAGGAUUCAUAAUUUGUCCACUUGUCCAAAGCGAGUGUCCUCUUAUGGAAGUGCAGUAACACGAGACAAUGAGGCUCCGCAUAUUAUCUUAUGACUGGGAUUGUUCAGAGAGCGACAGGCCAGCGCGUUUCACCGGACCGCACGGAAAACACGACUAACAGCCACAGUAAAUGUCAGUAUGAGAUGUCGUCCCUCAGUGCUAGCUUCGUUCAGAUCCGCUUCGAUGACAUCCGCUUUUAUGAGAACUGCGGUGGUGGGAGUUUUGGGAGCGUGUAUCGGGCACACUGGAUCUCACAGGACAAAGAAGUGGCUGUUAAAAAACUGCUGAAAAUUGAUGAUGAGGCUGAGAUUCUGAGUGUCCUGAGCCACAAAAAUAUUAUUCAGUUCUACGGAGCCAUUCUGGAAGCACCCAACUAUGGCAUUGUCACAGAAUAUGCCAGCAGAGGAUCAUUGUAUGAAUAUUUGUCCAGUGCUGACAGUGAGGAGAUGGAUAUGGAUCAAGUAAUGACCUGGGCGAUGGAAAUUGCUAAAGGAAUGCAUUAUUUACAUGCCGAGGCCCCAGUGAAAGUCAUUCAUAGAGACCUGAAGUCAAGAAAUGUUGUGUUAACAGCAGACAAUGUAUUAAAGAUCUGUGAUUUUGGAGCAUCUAAGUUGGUCUCUCACACAACACACAUGUCUUUGGUGGGCACGUUCCCUUGGAUGGCCCCUGAAGUGAUCCAGAGUUUACCCGUCUCAGAAACAUGUGACACUUACUCAUACGGCGUGGUAUUGUGGGAGAUGCUGACCAGAGAAGUGCCAUUUAAAGGUUUUGAGGGUUUGCAGGUGGCCUGGUUGGUGGUGGAAAAACAUGAGAGGCCGACAAUUCCCAGCAGCUGCCCCGCCAGCUUUGCAGACCUGAUGAGAUGUUGCUGGACUGCAGAGCCCAAGGAAAGGCCACAGUUCAAACAGAUCCUGAGCACCCUAGAGACCAUGAAAAAUGACAGCAAACUGCCAGACCAGUGCAACUCCUUCUUACAUAACAAAGCAGAGUGGAGGUGUGAGAUAGAGGAGACACUGGAACGCUUGAAGCAGCUGGAGAGGGAGUUGAGCUGUAAGGAGCAAGAGCUGGCGGAAAGAGAAAGAAGAUUGACAGAGUGGGAAAACAGACUCAUGGAAAGAUCCCGAUCCUGCACCCCUCUGUUUUCACAUAUUUCCCCCCUGGCGGCCACUCUCAGUGCCGAGUCCUUCUAUGAGGCUCACAUGGAGGAGAGCAAUAGCUCGGAGGUCAGCUGUCAGAUUUCAUCAACCUGCAAUAACGGGGAUCUGGGCCAGGCCAGCCUACAGACGCUCAUGCUGGGAUUUGGGGGUGUGUUUGACCUGGAUAUGAACAUUCCCAGCGGUAACCUCGUCCGCCAUUCAGGGAUGCAGUUGAACAUGCAAGCAAAGAAGAAUUCCUCCAAGUCCUGCAGUGUCCGUGAAGGACGUAAACUGAACAUGGCCAUCACCAUGGACGACUUUGGCUGGUCUGAUGACGACAGCGAUUAGUGGAGUGCAGCACAGUACGACAGGGUGGGGUUAGAUGGGGUCACAGCCGGUCUAAGGUCAAAUAUCGAGAGUCGGAGCUAGUCAAAUCAAUUUCCAACAGUUAUAAUUAGAAGUUUAAACUGUAAAGAUUGAUCUGAAUAUUUUAAAAGAUUGUUGCACCCAUGUGUGGUAUGUUUCAGUGCAAAAAAAAAAAAAAUGCGUUAUUUGAUCCAGAGCAGAAUAUUACACUGCCCUGUUAGCAGUAGGGCUGUUUUCUGAAUUUACCGGCUAACCAGUACAAAUACUCUUUGAUAAAUAUCAGGCACGAUGAACGAUACUGCAUUGUAAUUGGGAAGAUACAGGGUACUGCAUAAAUGCCCAUAAAUGGCAGGAUUUACCAUCGGUAGGAGGGAUUUACGUCUGCCUCCUCUGAGUGAAACACCAGAUCAUGCUGAGAUUUCCCCUGUGAGAAAUCACAUUUACAAUAUUUAUAAAGUGUGAGAUUUAAUGGGAUUUCUGAAGUUGUGUUUUUGUAAAGCCCUGAAGUUUUUAUAAAAUAAAGAAAAUACUGAACAACUUGUG